AUGCCUGCAAGACUAUCCUUAAGCAUCAGUCACGUCGUUUGCUCCUUUUGCCGAAAAUCCCUUGCUCCAGCCCAACAAAGACGAUUCGCAUCAAAAAUCGCCUCAAAUCCCGAGAUCUACGAUGUCGUGACGGUAGGAGGCGGUCCAGCGGGCCUUGCGCUCCUCGCAGCGUUGAAAUCGUCACCCAUAACAUCCCGUCUCAAGACCGCGUUAAUCGAAACCCAAGAUCUUAUGAAACUCCGCCAAUGGACAGCCCAGCCAGACCAGUUCUCAAACCGCGCCAGUAGUCUGACGCCAUCAUCUGUGGCAUUCCUAGAAUCUAUCGGCGCAUGGCAACACGUGGAUCAAGCCCGUGUCCAAGCCUACGACGAGAUGCAAGUCUGGGAUGCCGCCAACAGCGCCGCCAUUCAAUUCGACUGGAGCGCCGAAACACAGCAAUACAAUGCGCCUCCGCAGACCGUGGCGACCAUGACCGAAAACGCCAAUCUCACCAAGGGACUUCUCGAGCGUAUCGCAGAACUUGGAGCAGGGGAGUCAUCCCUUCUAUCCAGCACGAGCGUCUCAUCCAUCACCAAUGGCGAAGACGACCCUGAAGGCCUUAACCUAUCUAACUGGCCUGUCCUGACCCUCGAACCGACGAUUUCAUCAUCAUCAUCAUCAUCCGGUUCACCAACUCAAGCACAACCAUCCACCAUAGCAGCCCGCCUCCUUGUCGGUGCCGACGGCUUCAACAGCCCUGUCCGAAGCUUCGCCGGCAUCAAUUCUCACGGAUGGGACUACGAUCGACAUGGCGUCGUAGCAACAUUAACCGUCCAACCCCCAGAUAACGACGAUUCAACAACGACCUUCAACCUCUUCGCCGACGAACCCCUCCUGAACCGCGCGACCGCCUACCAACGCUUCUUGCCCCAACUCGGCGGCCCAAUCGCCAUCCUACCCUUACCCAAUAAUCACGCCUCACUGGUCUGGUCGACGAAACCAACCUACGCGUCGUAUUUGAAAUCCCUCCCGCCAUCUGAACAAGUGACCAUGAUCAACGCUGCGCUCCGCCUCUCCCAGACCGACGUGAAAUAUCUAUUCACACUCCCCUCCUCGUCCUCCGACACUCACGACUCCGAACUGCGCUGGCGCCUCCAACACACGCCAGCACCGUCGUUGAAUCGACAACCGCCUAUGGUGACCUCGGUACAAGAGAACUCGUUGGCUUCUUUCCCUUUGCGGUUUCGCCACGCGACCACGCUCGUGAACCCUCGCAUCGCACUGAUCGGCGACGCGGCGCACACUGUCCACCCGCUCGCGGGGCAGGGUCUGAAUUUGGGCCUCGCGGACGCGAGGGCGCUGGUAUCCACUCUCGCCUACGCCGUCACGCAUGGCAUGGACAUCGGGGACCCUAUGACGCUCGAGCGUUAUGGUCGCGAGCGGUUUGGAAAGGGCCUGCUUAUGGCCAGUGGCGUGGAUGCGUUGAACACCCUGUAUCAAUUGGGCAGUGGGGGCGAUGGGAUCAUGGCGAGAGGAAUAGGCCAAGCGAGGGGGUGGGGUAUGAAAAUCGUGGAUGGUGGGUUUGUGCCUGGGUUGAAAGGGCUGAUUAUGAAGCAGGCGAGCUGA